CUGCGACCAGCAGGGAAGUGAGUGCGGGCAGCACGUUGCCGAUGUGCAGCGGGCAGGGAGAGAGACCAGCUCAGCGCCAUGUCCGAGAGCCAGGUGCAGCUAUGUACCGCGGCCACAGAGCCGGGGGGGAGCGUGUCCCUGCCUCAGAAGCGCUAUUACCGGCAGAGGGCGCACUCCAACCCCAUGGCUGAUCACACCUUCCAGUAUCCUGUUACACCAGAAGAAAUGGAUUGGUCACAAUAUUAUCCUGAAUACUUCAAGCCUCUAUCACUGGAUAGUUCUCAUGAUGACACGAAGGACUUGUCGGAGGUGAAGAAGCAAGAAUAUGCCGUCGAAUUUGCAGACAUUGGCUGUGGAUAUGGUGGUUUGCUGGUUGAGUUGUCUCCGUUGUUUCCAAACGCCCUCAUGCUUGGACUGGAGAUACGUGUCAAAGUAUCAGACUAUGUGCGAGACAGGAUCACGUCUUUGAGGGCGUCCCACCCCGGCCAGUACCAGAACAUCGCCUGUAUCAGGAGUAACGCUAUGAAGUACCUUCCCAACUUCUUCAAGAAAGCACAGCUUAGUAAAAUGUUCUUCCUGUUUCCGGACCCUCACUUUAAGAAGACGAAACAUAAAUGGAGGAUCAUCAGUUCCACACUGUUGGCAGAAUAUGCUUACGUGCUACGUGUUGGGGGGCUGGUUUAUACGAUUACAGAUGUGGAAGAAGUUCACGAGUGGAUGGUGACGCACUUCACGGAACAUCCUCUUUUUGAGAGGGUUUCAAAAGAACAACUGGCAGGUGACAUCAUCAUUGAUAAACUGGGCACAUCUACCGAAGAAGGAAAGAAGGUUCAGCGUAACAAAGGCCAAAACUUCCUGGCUGUAUUUCGCCGCGUGGAAAACAGCACUUUCAGAAGUCCGGAUUCCUAGCUGUGUGAGAAGGGUUCCUUCCUCCCAAGACAAAUCUAAAACUUUGGCUGUUCAUUUGUUAAUGGCAGAACUGUUAACCCUUUUGGGACAAGCAGCAGAUGCAAGCCCCUCCAUGACUAUGUUCGUAUGGGGCACCAGAAGCCCCGCCACAUGCGGCUGUCCAGCGCUGACCUGCAGAUCGGGCAGAUAACUGACACACUAGUCUAUCUGCUGAGGAUUUUGUAGUGACUUACAGGUGUGUGGUUUGAGGACAUCUGCAAAGCUGUAUUUUGCUAACAUUUUUUCAGCUUAUUGAGGCAACAGAUUUAAAAAAAUUAAUAAAAAAUAAAUGGACUUAGCUUUAAGGGGUGUUCCGGUUAUAACAAGUUAUCCCUUAUCCACAUGAUGGGGGAUAACAAUCAGAUUGGUGGGGGUCCUACUGCUGGGACCGCCCCACUGAUCACGCGAAUGGGGGCUCCGUACCCUGUGGAGGCCCCCUGAAAUGAACGGAGCAGCUGCUUCAUUAAUUUCUACGGGCGCACUGGAGAUAGCCAAGUAUAGUGCUCGGCCGUCUCCAGCACUCCAAUAGAAAUGAAUGGAGCAGCAGCGCGCUUUCCUAACCUUCUGCUCCACAGGGUAAGGAGCCCCCGUUCUCUUGAUCAGUGGGGGUUCCAGCGGUAGGACCUACACCAAUCUGAUAGUUUUUCCCAUAUUCUGCAGAUAGGGAAUAACUUGUUAUAACUGCAAUACCCCUUUAAAAUAUGUACACAGUGAACCACUUUUUUUCCUUUUUUUUUUUUUUUUUUUUUUUAAAUUGUGCAAAUGACCGGAAGUUCCAAUUUUCUUAUUUUUAAUAAACCAGUUGUAAAAUGUUAAUUGCUUGUGAUGGAAUCAUUUCUUUAGAAAAAACGUUAUCCUUUUCCGUAGUUUAGGUGGGCUGCAGUAAACUUGCGUGGGUUACUGGCAAUUGCUGGUUUACGAUUAAGGGCCUGUGUGAGGUCCGAAACACAUCAGUGUUACGAUGUGCACACCAUGGGAGGAAUUGAUCAUGAGGGGAAUAUUUGAAGUCCGUUUUGCUUGAGUCUGUGUUGGAGUACUUUAUACCACAUUUAUUAAAUGUAACAUGUUGUGAUAAAUUUGUCUUAUCCUAAAACCUAACACCUUUCUCUAGAAAAGCUACUCUAGUUUUCCUACUCCACCUUCCUACUGGAGUGGUAUUGUGACUUUUGAAAAAAAAAGUCUCAACUAUAAAUCUGGAGUGAAACUCAUGAACAUGGCUAAUCACACCCACUUCUCCACGCACAUUCAAAAACUGGAGUGAGUGGUGUAAAAAUGAAAAAAGUUGCAAUAGCCCAAUUUGUGACUGAGAAUUCUGAAGUGAAGGCAUGAUAAAUCCCAU